GGCAAUUUAAAACAACAAACACUGUAGACUUGUAAACUCUACAACAACCAAUGCACAGUCUUCAAUAUGAUGAAACACGCUUUAAAGAGGCUCAUUAGGGCCUAUCCAUCUCUGAACCUGAAGAUCAACGUGACAAAUAAUGGCAAAGACAUGUUUGUUGUUUUACCUGGACUCCGAUUUGAUGAUGUUGACCACACAGGACAACCGGAUAUUUGGCGAGUCUUUGACAUGAUCAACCGAGUGGAGCAUGCAGCCUUCUAUAACGGUGUACCUUUCCUGGACUAUACUUCUCUCAACGAGCAUAACUUCGGUUCUAUUGUGAAGGCAUGUACACUAGAAGUGAAAAAAGACUUCUACGAGACAACAACGCCAAAAGCACCGCUCGACGUUACAGUCAAACUGGCUCACAUCGGCAGAACUACCUUUACCACAGUAUGCGAAAUGUCGUGUGGUGGGAAAAUGAAGCCGUCCGUGAGGAUAAAAAACAUGCACACACUCAUGAAUUUGGACCGACAAGAAGUCGAAGAGAUUCCAUUUUGGUGGCGCAACCGAUUCCGCUCAAAUGAGAUGGACAGUGAUAAACAGCAUAUCAUCAACAUAACACCGUCACCGAGGCCAGAAACUGCCUUCCUCCAUCCAUUUGCUGUACCUCUAAGUGAUACGGACAUCUCGCAGCGUACCCGAUGCUCCUCCUAUGUACGCUACUUCUUUGAAGUGGCAAGUAUUGCCUCAAGUCGUGAACAUUUCCUUAGCAUCAAGAACUUUAACGAGUUUCACAUCAAAAGUAUGCAAAUGUUGUACUUUGAUUCAACUUGUUGGGGUGACGCGUUGACCUCGGCAUGCUGGGAGGAUACGCACCCUCUGACCCUUCACUGUAAUGUGAGCAAGGGUGGAAAACCUGUGUGGUAUGCCAAUGUAGAUCACUACUCAGAAGUUUUUGGGUGUUAGUUGAUCUGUAUGUUAACUCAUUCACCCUUGAAGACACAUUUGAACUCUUCCAAAUCAAAAGAUGGAAAAGCUCAUUAUAAAAUUUCAGGGAUGAAUGAGUUAAGCAGGCAUUCAUUGGUGGCAUUAAAAUCUGUUUGAUAUUUAUAAUGACACUUCUAGCUGAAAUUUCUUCUAAAAUGAAGGGAUUAAUUUUUUGGCAGAGAAGUUAAAUGUGCAAAAUACCCAUAUUUUAUUAUUAUGAUGCUAUACUAUGCCUACUAAGAAAUACUGCGGAUAUGAUACAUAUAUAGUCCUAUACUUUAUAUUACUCAUAGUUUAUUGGAAGUGUCGACUGGACUGAACAAGCUCAUUGUAGGGGAGAAACUGGUUGAUAUUUCUAUUAAACUACAAGACCUACCCGCUCCUUCACCUGUUGUGAUUGAAUCUAUGACCAUGUAACCUAUUGUACUCAAUCUCACUCUCCCUUAACCUUAUUUUAUAAUAUAAUGCAAUUCUCUCAUCAUGAUGUUAUAUAUAUGCUCAUAAUUUCACCUAAAAUUAUCGAAUGAGAAGAAAAUGAUUAUAAUGUAAAUUGAGAUAUUAAAAAGAACUUCAGUAUGCACUCUGCUGCUUGAUGCUGUAUGUGACAUUAAAUAUGUUACAAAUAAAUGCAUGUUGACAGUUUUAGUUUGACCUGCCUCAACCAGAACACUGAAUGAUUUUAAAGUUUGCAAAUCAGAUAUUUAUUGAUGUCCCAUUGUAAAAAUGUGUAUGUUCAUUUACCUGAACAGAACCAGAGUUUUCUGUAGUGUUUCUAGUUCAAGCAGUUUUAUGAGUUACUGAGGUAAUAUCAGGCCAUAACACCUAAUUGUGUAUAACCAUUUGUCAGGUCACAAACUUUCCUUAUAUAAGUAAAUAUGUAAUAGAAGUCAUAGAAAGUUUGCAAUGCCUCCAUGCUUAAGGAAUCAAAUCAAGGACUGUUGGUUUACUAGUCUGAGGCUCUAAUGAAUGAGCUUGACAGAAAUUUUCCCUAGCCAAGUCAGUAGGAAGUGGCUAGAGUUUUACCAGGGUGAUAUGCUCUCCUCCUAGGAAAGAAUUUGUCCUGAGUGUUUCCAAGAGUAACAGCAAUGCCUGUGAGAGCAAGGCUGAUUAUUUCAUCAAUUUAUCCUGGUUACUUAUAUCGGCACCAGUGUAGUAGAGGUUAUCAUUUCUCAAUGCCUCUGGCAGGGAUAGAACAUGGGACCCGUGGCUUACAAGUCUGAUGCUCUAAUGAAUGAGCUAAAUAGAAAUGCUCCAAAGGUAAACCGAUAGGAAAGCAAGUCAAACAGAGUUCAUACUGUAUACAGGGAAAUUUCACCCAGGCAAACUUUCACCCUUCACAAGUCCUUAUUUACUACGCAUUAAUCUCUCCAUUCACCUUAAAUAACAAUAGCUGUUGAUAGGACAUUAAACAAUAUUAUUAUACCUCUACUUUAUUUACUCUAUAUAAAAGUAAUUGGUUAAAUCGAAUAUAUCACCACUUUUGCCUGACUGUUUUAGUCCUGUAUGUUAGUCGGGGAGCUAAAACACACCUACACUCAAGUGUUUCCGCCAACCCAAUUGGGCAAGAGGAGGGCGGAGCUUGUUAACAAACUUUGAAGCGACGCGCGAGGUGGGCGGAGCUUGCUACCGAACUCGGAAACAUUUGGCUCCAUUGCCAUCAAAGGGGUAGUUGGGACAUGAAGCUAUACGGCUUAUGGUUUACAAAUAUUUUCUAGUUAAAACUAUCUCUCCAGUGUGUAUCGAUAUAAUAAAACGGUUA